AUGGGAAACCUGAAAUAUUUAUUUUAUUUUUGUCUGGUGGCUGUUGUCCUAACAGUUGUGACGGCUCAGUAUGAAGAUUAUCGAUGCAAAUGUGUGUGUCCUUCACAGACUGUUGUUAAUGCUUCAGAAACAGGCAGGAAAGUUUACAUCAGAAAGGUCAAUCCUAAUCAAUGUAAAUGUGAAGAUGUAGUUCGACCAUUGCCAGAAAAAGCCACAGAAUUUUGUCCCAGAUGCGAAUGCAAGUACCAGAGCAGAAAUACAACUUUGAUAAAGAUCAUGGUCACUAUUAUCAUCUGUAUUGUCUCUCUGCUAUUUGUCUACAUGGUAUUUUUGCUGUGUCUGGACCCGUUGCUUGUGAAGAAGCCAGGACGUUACACAGAGCAGACAAAUGAGGAGGAUGAACAGUCAUUGCCUCCACCUGCUCCAGGAACAUCCGCACCAUCCACACCACCAGCACCCUCACUGCGUGCACAUCUUGGUAGGCAGCGUUCGAUCCUCAAUCGUGUCAGUGAUGAGCAGAAGAAAUGGAAAGGAACAGUACAAGAACAAAGAAGGAAUAUCUACGAUCGCCAUUCUAUGUUGAAUUAA